AUGCUCAAAGAAUCAGAUCUGGUUUCUUUUGAUAGAAAGAAUCAGUUGAGGUGGCUGGGACAUGUAGAGCGGAUGCCGGCGAAUAGGAUACCCAAAAAAUUACUGGAUGCCAAUAACGAUUUGAAGGAACAGAACAUUCCUGUAGAUGAAGACUGCAAACGACCAGAGGGUGAACUGAUCGAGAGAAGGUUCCGACACCUGGCCCAGUCGUUCCGAGAGCGCACGGCGAGGGUGAGGAAGAGGUUCGACCUGCCGCCGACUCCUUCCACCGUCAGCAGCGAACCAGGUACCUUCAAUAUCUCCCCUUCCUUUGUGGAGAGCUAG